AAACGAGAAUUAACUACGAUACUUACGGAGAAAUCUGCGACCACGCCUCACUAGAGAAGGAAAGCCAUUUGCGAUUGUCUCCCCCACUGCACGAACCGGGAUACCCAAACUGCACGAAUUGCAACGAAAGCGACGACCGAUCCAACGAGACCGCAGCCCAUCAUGGCCGCGCGCAGCAGCACCAUGAUCCUAAGCAGAGCUCUUCACUCCCAGCGCACAACACAGAUGCCCCACGCAGCAUCGCGACUCUACUCAACAUCAGUAGAUGGCGAAAAGAGGCCGUCCAUUGUGGGAAACUUUUACAAAACGUUUACCCGGCCCGUCCUCAAAGUCCUCCUGAUGGCGACCCUUACAUAUCAAAUCGCCUACUGGACUUGGACGAAGCUUGAGCAAGACGAGAUCCGCGACGAGAAGAGCCAAGAGAUUGAGGGUCUCGAGGCGAGGGUCACAGAGCUGCAGGCAGGGAAGGGGACGAAGGCCUAAAGACAUGGUUAAGGGCGAAUAGAAUGGAUCAGAAAGCAAUAAGAAAGACACACAAGAGUCCGUUGCGGCCACCACACGGACUGAGGAACGCCGAGGUCGACACGAGAAAUGGAGAUGGACGUCGUCGAC